AUGUAUUUGGAUUCUGCACUGGCAGGCGUUGCAGCCUUGCUCACGACCACAACAGUGGCUACUCAGUAUGUUGCGCAAACCUCUGCUGCAAAAGUAUCCGGGAAGGUGUUCGACCGUAUGGCUGUAAUUUGGCUAGAGAACACUAAUUACGACAAAGCUGCUGGAGAUCCCAGUCUGCAAUAUCUUGCGAAGAAGGGUAUCACGCUUUCAAGCUACUAUGGUGUCACUCAUCCCAGUGAACCGAAUUAUGUUGCCGCAAUCGGGGGUGACUACUUUGGCAUGAACAACGAUGACCAUAACAACGUCCCCAAAAACAUAAGUUCUAUCGUCGACCUUCUUGAAGCCAAGGGUAUCUCAUGGGCUUCAUACCAAGAAGACAUGCCGUACACCGGGUACCAAGACACCGAAUAUGAUAAUCCACGUACAGGUGCCAACAUGUAUGUGCGCAAGCACAAUCCCUGCGUCAUAUAUGAUUCUGUCGCUACGCAACCGUCACGUCUCAACCUGAUCAAGAAUCUCACGCUCUUCCAAAACGACCUCAAGGCGAACGCGCUACCUCAAUGGAUGUUCAUCACCCCGAACAUGACGUCCGAUGGUCACGACUCCAGUGUCACGACCGCCGGCACGUGGACGCGGAACUUUGUCGAACCGCUUCUAUCGAAUAGCAACUUCAUGAACAAGACACUCGUGCUCAUCACCUUUGAUGAGAACCACGACUAUACACAGCCUAACAAGGUUCUCGGUAUCCUUCUCGGUGAUGUUAUCCCUUCGUCUCUUGUCGGCACCACCGACUCCACAUUCUACGAUCACUAUUCCGAAAUAUCGACUGUCGAGGCCAACUGGGGUCUCGACACGCUCGGGCGCUUCGAUGUAGGCGCGAAUGUGUUCAAGUUCGUUGCCGAUGUUGUUGGAGAGAAGGUGCGCUCGUGGGGCUCUACGUCUGGCUCCGUGGCGUUGAGCAACAUGUACUUCAAUCAGUCGUAUGCCGGACCUUUCAACUCAAAGUACAAGAAUGGUGGAUGGGCCGUACCAAAUGUAGAUGCUGAGUAUGCAGGCAGGACAGUGCUGCAAAAGAUCAAGGAUGCCUGGAGUAGUGCCAGCGGCAACAAGAUCUACACGACCAAUUUAGAGAUUCCAGACGGCCAGCACCCCCCAAAAGGAUUCGAGCCAAAGUAA